CGGACACUGUAUCCCGGGGGACAUCCACGGAGACGGACUGGCUUUACCCAGCUCAGGUAUGUACGGAGUGCGCACAUGGAGCAGCUAUGUACGGAAACCCGACAUGGAGUGAUGACUUAGCAGCAGCGAUCCGGCGUCAUAUCUAAUGCGGGACUACAUGUUCCAUGAUGCUCAGUCAGGCUACAAGCUGGGUGGGAAUCAUGGGAAAUGUAGUCCGAAUCAGCUGAUUGGGCUAGACUAGAGAAUGAAUGAAUGCAGGUAAGAAUGAAGGAAAGAAUGAAUGAAUAAAUGAAAGAAAGAAAGAAUGAAGGAAAGAAUGAAUGAAUGAACGAAUAAAUGUAAGAAUGAAUGAAUAAAUGAAGGAAAGAAUGAUUGAAUGAAAGAAUGAAUGAAAGAAAGAAGGAAAGCAUGAAUGAAGGAAAGAAUGAAUGAAUAAAUGAAGGAAAGAAUGAAUGAAUAAAUAAAUGAAGGAAAGAAAGAAUGAAUAAAUGAAUGAAAGAAUGAAUGAAUAAAUGAAGGAAAGAAUGAUUGAACGAAAGAAAGAGAAUGAAUGAAGGAAAGAAAGAAGGAAAGAAAGAAUUAAUGAAGGAAAGAAAUAAUGAAUAAAUGAAGGAAUGAAUGAAUAAAUGAAGGUAUGAAUGAAUGAAUGAAAGAAUAAAUGAAGGAAGGAAUGUAUGAAUAAAUGAAGGAAUGAAUAAAUGAAGGAAAGAAUGAUUGAAUGAAAGAAAGAGAAUGAAUGAAGGAAAGAAAGAAUGAAUAAAUGAAGGAAAGAAUGAAUAAAUGAAGGAAUGAAUGAAAGAAUGAAUAAAUGAAGGAAGGAAUGAAUGAAGGAAAGAAAGAAAGAAUGAAUGAAUUUAUAUACAGUGGCGUAACCAGAGUUUUGGUCGCCCGCCCUCCUCCCCAUUUACCCUGUCCACUGGUUGUAAGGCCAAUUCUAGAUAGUAAAAUAUAGUAUAGUAUUUUUCAUUAAAGAACAUUACAUUUUUUUUAUGAAUAAAUGCUUCUUAAUGCUAUAUAAAAAAAUUAUCGGUGAACACAGUUUCUGCUGAGGUGUGCGUGAAAGGAGUUUUCAAGGGAGCGCACAGAUGGUUUUGAUUUGUGCACAGCUAAAGCAGCUGUUCCAUUUGCCCUCUGCCCACAAUAACUUCUCUUAGGAUUGCUGAUCUUAAAGGAAGUUAUUUCAGGCAGCGGACGCGCCUGUUGAGGGGGCCCAUUGGGUGGCCCAUGCACUUAGCAUCACGCAAUGGCAUUGUAUCCUCAGGGGCCCGGCUGGUCAGCGCUUUGGCCCCUUAAUAGCGCAACCGGACCACUUUAAAGAUGUCAGCGCAGGGAGGAAGUGACACCCGGACACGUCCUCCCAGCUAUUACUGGGUGACGCGUGAGUGGGAGUAGAAGAGUAGUGGAACAGAGUGAGAGGCUCUGACUCCCAACUACCUCAGCCUGCCACUGGAAACUGAUAUAGAAAUUUAUAACGGAUAAAUCAUCCAAGAGAUAACCAGGGGCUCCUAAUUAGGUGUUCGGAAGAACCGAUAAUAAAACCACAUACUUACUCCGUUUUAGUACAAAAAUCAAUCUCAGUCUUUAAUAGGAGAGCAUCACAUAUAUAAAAUGGUAUUAGUCUACUGCGCAUGUGUACAUGAAAAGCAAGCAACAAUGACUUACUUAAAAGUCUUAUCUACAAGGUCAAAGCAAACUGUAUCUAUCUGUGUGUGCAUGUGUUUCUGUAUGUCUGUAGGUGUAUCUAUGUGUUUGUAUGUGUGUCUGUAUACGUAUCUGUCUAUGUGUCUGUGUAUCUCCAGAUGUUAUGGACUACAUCUCCCUUAAUGCUAGAAUCCAGGUAAAGCAUCAGGGUAUAUCCUACUAUAUACCAUCCUAUUUUUUCUUUAAUUUGUGUGUAUUGAAAUUUUGGAAGAAAUCACUUGCCUCUCAGCUGGGAAAAAUAUAACUCUCAAUGCCUUUCUACCCUUCAUCUGUGUUUCUCUAGCAGUGAUGUAAAGGGACACUAUAGGAAUCUGAACAAGUUUAGCUUAAUGAAGCAGUUUGGUGUAUAAAUCAUGCACCUGCAGUCUCACUGCUCAAUUUUCACUUUAUUUAUGCAGCCCUAGCCACACCUCCUUGCAUGUAACCUGUACAGCCUUCCUAAAUACUUCCUGUAAAGAGAGAUCAAAUGUUUAAACUUCCUUUAUUGCAUGGUCUGUUUAAUUUAGAAACUCUUAUUUUCUGCUCUGAUAAUAGCCUUCCAGACCCCACAGAAGCCUCCUGUGUGUGAUUAAAGUACAGAGCCCGAGAUAAAAACUUCUCAACUGAGUUAAGAUCUGAUUGAAAAUGAAACCAUUUUUUCAUGUUGUCUUUGUCAGCCAGUGGAGGUGUGACUAGGACUGCAUAAAUAGAAACAAAACUGAUUUAACUCCAAAAUGGCAGUUCAACUGCAGGUGCACGAUCUAUACACUCAAGUUGUUUCAUUAACCCCUUAAGGACCAAACUUCUGGAAUAAAAGGGAAUCAUGACAUUUCACACAUGUCAUGUGUCCUUAAGGGGUUAAGCUUAAGCCCCCUUUUGUAUUUUUUUGUUUUUUGAAUUUGACAAUUUUUAUUUUGUCGGGUUGGAGUAAUGGGGUACAGAAGAAAGUAGGGGGGGGGGGACAUAGCAUACAGUAUUCAAGUUCAAUACAUUGUAUACGUAGUCAUUUGUACAGUCAACAAUUUGAUUCAGGUGUGCAGGGUUCAGUAUAUAGGCACAGUGCAGUGAUUUGUUGCUAGUCCUCUGUUCGUUUGUACCUCAUUUUGGGGUUCUAUGUUUAACGUGUGGUUACAGAGGUUGCGUGUUUGUUAGGGUGUUCCAGAGUAGGGGGGGGGGGUAUGUUUACCCUGCUAAGGUGUGUCUGCUUGGUGAUGUCUUGUGUCUCGUCCCUGCUGCUGUUGGAGUCGUACACCUUUUUGCUUGGGUCCCUUAGUCUAUCCUUAGGAGUAUGGGUCGGUGUAUGGGGACGUCGUGAGCUAGUAUGCCUGUGUUUUUAUUUGUUCCCUUGGGAGGGAGGGUGGGGUGGAGGGGCAGGGUGACUUAGCGGGAUGUGGAUUCCUCUGAUUCCUUUGUUGGGGUUGUGGCAGGAAGAGGGAAGUGCUACCUUCGUGGAGCUUGUUGUUAGAGAGUGGUUAAGCGUCCUUAUGUGGUGUUUUGGGUAGGAGCUCAUUUAUGGGGGUUGUAGCUUAUUCUCGUCCCACAUUUCCCAAGCUGUAGAGUGGUAUGUUGCUUUUGGUCUCGUUUUCCUUGCCAUCACUUCGUAGCGUUUGGAGUCGUCUAUCGCUUUGAUACAUUGUUCUAUUGUCGGUGGGGUUGUUUGUUUCCAUCUCCUGCUUAUGGUUGCUAGUGUCGAGAUGAUGAUGUGGUAGAGGAGGUAUCUGUGGCUUUUUCGCAGUUUGUUCAGAAGUAGUAGUAGGAGAAAUAUUUCCAGCAGGAUUGGCAGGUGCGUUUUGGUGCAUCUUGCUGCUAGCUUCUUUACUUCUAGCCAGUAUGUCGUGAGUUGCGGGCAGUGCCACCAGAUGUGGAUCAUGGUGCCUUUGUCCGCCUGGCAUCUCCAGCACAUGUCUGAUGUGUCGAGGAAGCUGAACUUGAGGCGUGUGGGCACCAGGUACCACCUGUAGAGAACUUUGCGGGAGAGUUCUACAUGGUUCAUGCAGAGUGUCAUUUGUUUGUGUGCUUUGUAAAUGUUCUGCCAUUGGUCUUCAGUAAGUGGGUGUUUGAUGUCCUUCUCCCAUGCUGUUUUAAAGGAUGGGGGGUGUUUUGAGGGUUGGUUAUGUUCUGAAGCGUAGAUCAAUGAGAUCAGUUUCUUGGCUAGUUUGGUUGUUAGGCAUAUCUUUUCGACUUCCAGUAGGGGUGGUUCCGGGAAGGUUAUUGCCAAUUUCCUCGUCUGUAGAGCGAACCAGGCUUGCAGUUGCCUGUAGGGGAAGGUAGCUGCUGCAGGUAAAUGGAAUUCUCGUUGGAGGUCAGGCAGAUGUUUGAGGUGGGAGUCUGUCGUAAGCUGGGAUAGGGUUCGCACGCCGUGUUUGUUCCAUAUUUUGUAGUUGAAGUCCGUGAUAAUGACGCUCAAUGCUUCUAAUGGGAGGGCUGGGGAUAUUUUCAUCAGUAUGCCAAUCUUUUUGCGAUAGUUAUCCCAGAUUGUUAAGGUUAGUUGAGUUGUUGGUAGUAGUGAUUUGUUGCUUGGUCUUUGGUGUUUCGGUAUCCAGGCCAUAGUUGGUAGGGAAAGUCCAUUAGCAUAGCUUGUUUCAAUUUCGACCCAGGCCAUCGCUUCUUUGGAUGGAAUGCUGAGAGGAGCAGGGCUAUGUGCGCUGCUCGAUAGUAUCCUCUUAUGUCAGGUAAGCCCAUACCUCCCUGAGAGAGUGGUCGGAACAUAGUGGUACGCGCUACCCUGGGUUUUGUGUUUUCCCAGACAUAUGUGUUAAUUUGUUCUUGUAUUUCCAGGAGAUGUUUUGUGGGGAGCUGAAGGGGGAGCGUUCUGAAGAGGUAUUGUAUCUUAGGUAGAAGUAUCAUUUUUGUCGAUGCUAUUCGUCCCAUCCAUGAUACAUAUUUGCCUUUCCAUCCUUGUGUGAUGGAUUUGAUUUCCCCUAAAAGUUUUGUGUAGUUUGCUUUAAAUAAGGUGGCGGGUGUGGGUGUGAAAUUGAUCCCUAGAAACUUGAUAUGGUCUUGUCUCCAUUCAUAGUUAAAAUGUGUUUUCAGGGCGUUCAGGUCGUGGUUUGGGAUGUUAAUGCUCAGGGCCUGUGUUUUUGCUAUGUUUAAUUUGUAGUAAGAGCAUCUACUGUAGAGGGCCAGUAUUUUAUGGAAUUGUGGUAGAGAUAUGUGCGGGUGCUCUAACGAUAAUAGAAUAUCAUCCGCGAAUAGCGUCAGUUUAUAUUCUUUCCCUUUUAUGUGCAUUCCGCGUAUGGCGGGGUCAUCUCUUAUCAUUUGGGCCAGGGGUUCGAGUGCCAGAAUGUAUAGUAUUGGGGAGAGUGGGCAGCCUUGGCGGGAGCCAUUUGAAAUUUUGAAGGUUUUGGAGAUAAAUCCCCCAUUCGUCACUCGCGCCGUAGGAGAGGAAUAUAGUGCUCUGAUGAGGGCAAGGAAUUGGGGAGGGAAUUCUAAUUUUUGUAGAACCGCUAGUAGGAACGGCCAGUGGAGUCUGUCGAAUGCUUUCUCAGCAUCUAGGGAUAGGAGGAUGCUUGGGGCCCUUUUCUCCCGCAAACCAUGUAAGAGGUCUUGUACUUUCCGUGUGCCGUCUACUCCCUGCCUACCGCUUACGAAUCCCACUUGGUCCUUGCCUAUUAGCUCGGGGAUUAUGGGAGAUAGUCUGUUUGUGAAGAUUUUUGCGAUGAGUUUGACAUCAGUGUUCAGUAGGGAAAUUGGCCGUAAGUUUUGACUUCUGUUGGGGGGUUUUCCCGGUUUCGGCAGGGUGGCUACAUGAGCCAUUAGCAUCUCCUCUGGCAGUGUUCCAGUUUGUAGUGUGUGAUUGAUUAGUUUGUUUAAAUGAGGGGCUAGGACGUGUGCGAAUUGUUUGUAGUACGAGUUAGUUAAACCGUCAGGGCCAGGGGACUUCCCUAUGGGGAGUGCGUGAAUCGUGUCUAUUAUUUCUUGGGUCGUUACUGGGGCCUGAAGAAUUUGUUUGUGUGUUAUGGAUAGUGUGGGCAGCGUUGUUUUUUGGAGAUAAUCUUCUAUGUCUUCGUGUGAGGGUUGGUGUAGUGCGGGGUCAUCUUUUAGGUUGUAUAGCGCUUGGUAGUAGUCUGCCAUUUCAUCGUUUAUGUCUUGUGGGUUGUGGAUUUUUCCUCCCUCCUUAGUGAGCAGGUAUGGUAUUUUAGAGUUCGCUUGUUUUUGUCGGAGGAUGGUUGCUAGGUGUUUCCCUGCCCUAUUGCCUUGUGUGUAUGUUUUCAUCUUCAAUUUCGUUAGGAUAUGUGUUGUCUUGCUUAGAGCUAGUGUGUUGAUUUGGUUGGUUAUGAGGGCUAUUGACUUGGCUAGUUCGUCAGACGGUUUCAAUAGGUGUUCGUUGGUCGUGUCACGCAGUUUUCUUAGAAGAUCCAUGUGUUCUCGUUCUUGUUGUUUUUUAAGGAAGGAUGCUUGGCUUAUCAGGAGGCCUCUCAUGACAGGUUUAUGGGCCUGCCAAAUAGCUUCGGCGGAGGUUCCCGGGAGAUCAUUGAGUUCGAAGUACGUUUCCAGGCUGUUCAUGAGUUUUGUCGUGAAUGCGAUAUUAUGUAACAGGGUGUCGUUGAGGCGCCACGGUGGUUUUCCUCUGUGUUGGUAUUGAGUUAGUAUGGUCAUUGUAAGUGGAGCAUGGUCGGACCAGACUAUAUUUCCUAUGGAGCAGUCUGUGAUGGCUGGGAGAAGGGUGCCUGAUGUCAGUAUAUGGUCAGUCCUGGAGUGUGUUUUGUGAACCUGUGAGUAGAACGUGUAUUCUCUUUCGUUCGGGUUGCGUGUUCUCCAGGUGUCGUAUAGUCCGUAUUCGUGGAUCAGUUUCGUGAAGGCUUUGUUCGCCGUCUUUAAGUUAGCGUGCCUAGCGGAGUCGGCCUUUACUGUGGAGUCCAUGUGGGAGUUCAUGGUGUGGUUAAAAUCUCCGCAGAUAACUAUAGGCGUGUUCGUCGAAUUUGGCGAGGAUUUUAUGUAGGAAGUUUCUUUGUUGGUCGUUUGGGCUGUAUAGGCACACCAGCAAGAAUGGUAGGUUGUUCAGUAUACAGUGUAGGAUCAGGAACCGACCUUGGCUGUCUUUUUUAACGUGGAGUAUUUCCGUAGUUAAUGACUUAUGUAAGAGAAUAGAGACUCCUCGUGAUUUUGAGGAGUGGGUAGUAUGGUAUUGAGUGGGGUAGUCUUGGAGAGCGAAUGUGGGGAUUCUGUUGGUGGCAAAGUGCGUCUCUUGGAGACAUACUAUGUCUGCUUUAUGACUUUUCAAAUCUUGUAGUAGCAGUCUCCGUUUGUGUGGCGUGUUCAGCCCCUUGGUGUUGUGGGAGUAAAGUUUCAUGUGUGGCAUGUUUAUGGGUUCAGAGGAUGUGGUAGGUUUGUGUGUGAGCUAAUCGUCACUGGGGGGGGGUUUGGGGUGCAGUUGGGAGAGGAUAGGGUGGUGCGGGUUUUGAAUAAAAGGACUGCAGGAAGGGUGAGGUAGUAUGUACAACGACCUAUUUGGGUCUGGUACGCUAGUCGUACCGUGGGGGAUUGGAGUAGUAGUAAUCCAAAUGGGUGGCUUGCGGGAUCCGCUUGCGAACUAGGGUAGAGCAGACGAUCAUGUUGGCAUGAGCAAUAGUUGUAUAGGGUGGGGGGAACAUCAUCGUAUCGGACAGUUGUGCUAUGCAAGGUAUCACAUUUCAGUAUGACUUGUAACAAUGCAAUGUCCGAGACGUCAAUAACUUGUAAACAUUUGAAACCUUUAAUAUGUAACUGUGUGUGUUGUGUCAGAUAUAUUGUCUAUGUAAUUUUUCUGUGCUCGUGCGUAACAGCGCCGUGAUAAGUGUCUGUGGGUCACUCAGUGCAGCGACUUCUCUGUGGUUCAGUGCGGGUCAUCGUGUACAGGGAGUCGGCCUGGAUUAGAGAUGCCAGUAGGUGUGGGGUAUGUGUAGCCGUAAGUAACAUCGUGUUGUUGUGGUGCGCUGUACCGUGUGUUGUGAAGCGCUGCCUUGUGCAGUCAUGUUGCGUUGUGAGGUCGGUUGCCUGUGUGCGGGUAGGCAUUCACCCCUCCAUCUCCGUAUGUGUCACUAUAUCUGGGGACUUGUCGGACUGUGUGAUGUCGGCAGGGGGGACGCCCCCUCCUGGUGUACCCUUGAUGGUGGGGGCUGGCGUGUGGCCGUUCUCGUAUCUCCCGCUUCUGGAGGGGGAGCAGGUGUGUGUGUCAGGCAUAGGGCCGUCGUCCCUGCCAGUGGUGUCAGCUGGUGGUUACCUGCUGUAUAUGUCGCUACUCGGAUACGGCGUGCCGUAGCCCAGUUGUGUGUGGUGGUGGUGGCGACAUCUAAAUUGUAUAUACAUGCUUAACAUCAAAAGCAACAUGUGAAACAACAAAAGUUAAGAAUAUUAAAUAACAGCAAUAGCAGUAUACUUGCGCCAUAAUAUAGAUUUUUAGCAGUUAGUUCAUUCGGUCAGUUCGCGUGGAUUUGCGGCUGUGGGCUGAGGAUGCAGGUGGGGCACUCUGUUGCGCGGGCUCUAUCUCGCCAGUUCGUUCAUGGCGUCUUCUGGCCGUGAGAAGAGUUUCGUUUCUCCAUUCCUCGUCAGUAUAAGCUUUGUGGGGAAGCCCCAUCUGUAGCGGAUGCCUCGGUCCCUUAAUUCCGUUGUGACUUGCUGAAAGUCCCUUCUCCUCCUCAGCGUUGCGGCUGAUAAGUCCGCCAUGAUUUGCACUGACGGAUUUUCAUCGUGCGGCUCUUGUUUGUUGCGGUGGGCCCGGAGCACGAGUUCUUUAAUGUGGUAGUAGUGUGCUCUGAGUAAAACGUCACGUGGCACGGUGUCCGGUAGAUGCUUCGGUUUGGGGACCCUGUGGACUCUGUCGACCAGCAGCAUGUCUGAGGGGAUGUCUGGGGCAUAGGCGUGCAUUAGGCCCCUGACGUACAGUUGUAGGUCAUCUGGUUGGACCGAUUCUGGAACCCCUCUCAGCCUUAGGUUAUUCCUCCGAGCCCUGUCCUCAUAGUCCGCCAUUUUACUUUCCAUGGCCUCCAUUUUUUGCUGUAAGGUGAGUAAGUUUUCCGAGAUUUCGGUUUGUGCGGUUUUUAGAUCCUGGCAGUCAUUUUCCACUGAGGAUGUUCUGUUGGAGAGCUCUCUGACUUCGUUUUUUAUUUGGUCGGCCGUGGAUUACCAGGUUCGUAUUAGUUUUGCUGACAUUGCUUCCAUUGCCCGUUCAAAGUGCGUUAUUGUGAGGAGUCCAGUCUGUGGGGUCUCGUCCCGCAGUGUCAAGGGAGAGCCUGCGUCCGGGCUGUCGGCGCCAUCUUGCGCGGCGGCAAGCAUGGCCUGCACAGUUUCUGUUGCAGCAAGUGGUUUGUGUCCAAAGAAGUUAUUUUUGUCAGCUUUGGGUGCCGCUUUCUUCCCCUUAGCCUGUGACAUCUUUUGGGCUUCGUUUUGUAGCGUUUCUGCUCGGUUAUUUCAUCUAAAUGCGGAUCCCAUGUGCCGGAGCAAAAUCUUAAGCUGCCAUCUUGCCCGGCGGUUAGCCGUGCCCCCUCCCCCUUUUGUAUUUUAAUGAAAGUUGAAGAAAAAUAUUUUUUGUAGCUGUACUGUCUGUAUUGUGACCUGACUAUGAAUUUAAAAAAAAUGAAUAACUUUCACUUUUGUACUAUAACAUUUUAAAUCUCACAAAUCUAAAAGUAAGAAAUUUGUGUAACUAACUUGUCGUUUUUAUACAUGAUUGCCUUCUUUAAAUUUCCCUAAAUCCGGUUUAAUUAUUUCUUUUCUUUUUUUUUCAUCAAAUUAGGAAAUGCAAAAAGAGACUGAAAUGAACCAACAGCGCCCUGGAUUCCAGUGCUGCCUACCAAUCAGGUGAGUGCAUAAUUUAUGACUGCUGACUUUUAUAGAUGACUUUUUAAAAGUAAUAUUAGACCUAUUUUAUUCCCUGUCCGUCAAAAUUUGAAAUGUGUUCUGAUCGCCUUGGAAACCAACAGAAUGUUCCUACUUAUUUUCCCACAUUUUGCACAUAACACCUUGUGAAUAUGUGCAAAUUAUAGGUCAAACUGCUUUAUAUAGGAAAAAGCCAAUUCGACUGGUUUGAUCUAAACCUUAAAAUUCUCUUUUCAAUUCCCCCAGUUCCUGGUUUAGUACAAUAAAGCCACUAGUGUACAGAACUAUCACUUAUAGUGCUAUCUAGGAGGAGAUCUGAUGAAGGCACUUUGUGACAUUCCAUAAUUUUCCAAUCUCUGAUUCUUGCUUUUCAAGGGAUGUGUCUUGUGAAAAUGAGUUGGAGGAACUUAUGCACCAGAUUGACAUUAUGGUGAAUAGCAAGAAGGUGGAAUGGGAGCAGCAAGUCAUUGUCCUGGAGCAAAGAAUCCAGGCCCAGGAUAAGGAGCUAUCUGAAGCGAGAAACGCAUUGGAUGAAAAGACAUGUGAGGUAUUUAAAAGCCACAUACCUCUGUAAAUUGCUAUGAUCAAGCUAACAUUUUGCAGCAAACCUCAUUUAAUUCUAUUCAGUAAACCUUCCUAUAUUUUAUUUUUAAAGUCUGUAUGUUCUUCCUGGUUCUAAAAGUGUGUGCUAUAUCAUGGUUAUUGUGUCAGUGUUGCUGAAUGUCUCUCUGUCCAAUACCUAUUACCCCACCCCCAUGCCACAUGAUAGAUAUACUGAAUCAGCACUUUGUCCAUUACAGAUAGCUAUACUCCCUCGGUCUCUAUCCUGUGACAGAUAGCUAUACUCCCUCGGUCUCUAUCUUGUGACAGAUAGCUAUACUCCCUCGGUCUCUAUCCUGUGACAGAUAGCUAUACUCCCAUGGUCUCUAUCCUGUGACAGAUAGCUAUACUCCCAUGACGUCUAUCCUGUGACAGAUAGCUAUACUCCCUUGGCCUCUGUCCUGUGACAGAUAGCUAUACUCCCUCGGUCUCUAUCCUGUGACAGAUAGCUAUACUCCCAUGGCUUCUAUCCUGUGACAGAUAGCUAUACUCCCAUAGUCACUAUCCUGUGACAGAUAGCUAUACUCCCAUGGCCUCUAUCCUGUGACAGAAAGCUGUACUACCAUGGCCUCUAUCCUGUGACAGAUAUUUAUACUCCCAUGGCCUCUAUCCUGUGACAGAAAGCUGUACUACCAUGGCCUCUAUCCUGUGACAGAUAGCUAUACUCCCAUGGCCUCUAUCCUGUGACAGAUAGCUAUACUCCCAUGGUCUCUAUCCUGUGACAGAUAGCUAUACUCCCAUGACCUCUAUCCUGUGACAGAUAGCUAUACUCCCAUGGCCUCUAUCCUGUGACAGAUAGCUAUACUCCCUCGACCUCUAUCCUGUGACAGAUAGCUAUACUGCCUGUGCCUCUAUCCCGUGACAGAUAGCUAUACUCCCAUGGCCUCUAUCUUGUGACAGAUAGCUAUACUCCCAUGGCCUCUAUCCUGCGACAGAUAGCUAUACUCCCAUGGUCUCUAUCCUGUGACAGAUAGCUAUGGUCUCUAUCCUGUGACUGAUAGCUAUACUCCUAUGGUCUCUAUCCUGUGACAGAUAGCUAUACUCCCAUGGCCUCUAUCUUGUGACAGAUAGCUAUACUCCCUGGGCCUCUAUCCCGUGACAGAUAGCUAUACUCCCAUGGUCUCUAUCCUGGGACAGAUUGCUAUACACCCAUAGCCUCUUUCCUGUGACAGAUAGCUAUACUCCCUGGGCCCUCUAUCCCGUGACAGCUAUGCUCCCUGGGCCUCUAUCCUGUGACAGAUAGCUUUACUCCCAUGGCCUCUAUCCUGUGACAGAUAGCUAUACUCCCUCGGCCUCUAUCCUGUGACCGAUAGCUAUACUCCCUUGGCCUCUAUCCUGUGACAGAUAGCUAUACUGCCUGUGCCUCUAUCCCGUGACAGAUAGCUAUACUCCCAUGGCCUCUAUCUUGUGACAGAUAGCUAUACUCCCAUGGCCUCUAUCCUGCGACAGAUAGCUAUACUCCCAUGGUCUCUAUCCUGUGACAGAUAGCUAUGGUCUCUAUCCUGUGACUGAUAGCUAUACUCCUAUGGUCUCUAUCCUGUGACAGAUAGCUAUACUCCCAUGGCCUCUAUCUUGUGACAGAUAGCUAUACUCCCUGGGCCUCUAUCCCGUGACAGAUAGCUAUACUCCCAUGGUCUCUAUCCUGGGACAGAUUGCUAUACACCCAUAGCCUCUUUCCUGUGACAGAUAGCUAUACUCCCUGGGCCCUCUAUCCCAUGACAGCUAUGCUCCCUGGGCCUCUAUCCUGUGACAGAUAGCUAUACUCCCAUGGCCUCUAUCCUGUGACAGAUAGCUAUACUCCCUCGACCUCUAUCCUGUGACAGAUAGCUAUACUCCCUCGACCUCUAUCCUGUGACCGAUAGCUAUACUCCCUUGGCCUCUAUCCUGUGACCGAUAGCUAUACUGCCCGUGCCUCUAUCCCGUGACAGAUAGCUAUACUCCCAUGGCCUCUAUCUUGUGACAGAUAGCUAUACUCCCUGGGCCUCUAUCCCGUGACAGAUAGCUAUACUCCCUGGGCCUCUAGCCUGUGACAGAUUGCUAUACUCCCAUGGUCUCUAUCCUGUGACAGAUUGCUAUACUCCCAUGGUCUCUAUCCUGUGACAGAUAGCUAUACUCCCAUGGUCUCUAUCCUGGGACAGAUAGCUAUACUCCCAUGGUCUCUAUCCUGAGACAGAUAGCUAUACUCCCAUGGUCUCUAUUCUGUGACAGAUAGCUAUGGUCUCUAUCCUGUGACAGAUAGCUAUACUCCCAUGGUCUCUAUCCUGUGACAGAUAGCUAUACUCCUAUGGUCUCUAUCCUGUGACAGAUAGCUAUUCUCCCAUGGCCUCUAUCUUGUGACAGAUAGCUAUACUCCCUGGGCCUCUAUCCCGUGACAGCUAUGCUCCCUGGGCCUCUAUCCUGUGACAGAUAGCUAUGGUCUCUAUCCUGUGACAGAUAGCUAUACUCCUAUGGUCUCUAUCCUGUGACAGAUAGCUAUGGUCUCUAUCCUGUGACAGAUAGCUAUACUCCCAUGGUCUCUAUCCUGGGACAGAUUGCUAUACACCCAUAGCCUCUUUCCUGUGACAGAUAGCUAUACUCCCUGGGCCUCUAUCCCGGGACAGCUAUGCUCUCUGGGCCUCUAUCCUGUGACAGAUAGCUAUACUCCCAUGGCCUCUAUCCUGUGACAGAUAGCUAUACUCCCAUGGCCUCUAUCCUGUGACAGAUAGCUAUACUCCCAUGGCCUCUAUCCUGUGACAGAUCGCUAUACUCCCUCUGCCUCUAUCCUGUGACAGAUAGCUAUACUCCCUUGGCCUCUAUCCUGUGGCCUCUAUCCUGUGACAGAUCGCUAUACUCCCAUGGCCUCUAUCUUGUGACAGAUAGCUAUACUCCCUGGGCCUCUAUCCCGUGACAGAUAGCUAUACCCCCAUGGUCUCUUUCCUGUGACAGAUUGCUAUACACCCAUGGCCUCUUUCCUGUGACAGAUAGCUAUACUCCCUGGGCCUCUAUCCUGUAACAGCUAUGCUCCCUGGGCCUCUAUCCUGUGACAGAUAGCUAUACUCUCUCUGCCUAUAUCCUGUGACAGAUAGCUAUACUCCCAUGGCCUCUAUCCUGUGACAGAUAGCUAUACUCCCAUUACCUCUAUCCUGUGACAGAUCGCUAUACUCACUCUGCCUCUAUCCUGUGACAGAUAGCUAUACUCCCUUGGCCUCUAUCCUGUGACAGAUCGCUAUACUCCCUCGGCCUCUAUCCUGUGACUGACAGCUAUACUCCCAUGGUCUCUUUCCUGUGACAGACAGCUAUACUCCCAUGGUCUCUAUCCUGUGACAGAUAGCUAUACUCCCUCGGCCUCUAUCCAGUGACAGAUAGCUAUACUCCCAUGGUCUCUUUCCUGUGACAGAUAGCUAUACUAACAUGGUCUCUUUCCUGUGACAGAUAGCUAUACUAACAUGGUCUCUUUCCUGUGACAGAUAGCUAUACUCCCUUGCCCUCUAUCCUGUGACAGAUAGCUAUACUCCCUCGAGCUCUAUCCUGUGACAGAUAGCUAUACUCCCUCUGCCUCUAUCCUGUGACAGAUAGCUAUACUCCCUUGGCCUCUAUCCUGUGACAGAUCGCUAUACUCCCUCGAGUUCUAUCCUGUGACAUAUAGCUAUAUUUCCUAGAUAGCUGGAUUCUUUCCUAUGACUGGAAAAGUUGCAGGAGGGUUCAUUUACUUUAGGCUCUAAUCCUGGCAGUGUUGAAUAUUUCACUACAUCUGUAAUUAAUGGCUGACACAAUGCAUACAUCAUAUUGCAGUAUAUGGACCAAUAACUUUGAUACAUGGACAUUGAUAAACCAAGCAAAAAUUAGAUAUGUUUGUUUACCCUGAAUGUGUUUUUUAGAUUAAAAUGCUCUGCAAGAAGCUGGAACAAGCGGAUCACGCUGAACGUGAAAAGGUGCAGAAAUACGAGAAGCAACUACAAGCACUGAAAUACCAGGUAGGCCCUAUGUUCAAUGCAGAUUUCAUUAUUAUCUGUUAGAUUUCUUUUAAAUGUACACAUACAUUGCCAUCCCCACUAAUUCUGCUGUGCUGCUGUCUGAUAAUCUACAGAAUAUGUGACAUGUCUAAAUUCAGGUUCUAUAUAGAAAAGGCUAGACGUGAGUCAUUGGCCAGUAAUCGAGAUCCUGAUGUGGCCAUUUUCUUCUAAUUGUGCUCAGCCAACUGUAUGUUCCCCUUCUGUGCAUAGACCACAGUUAUACCUGUGAUGGACAGAUAGGUAAUAGAAAUGAUGACCAAAUUGAUAUCCAGCAGCGGUAUCUCCCGACAAUAGAAGGUAUGAACGUUUAAAAAUAUUAUCACUGCUUCCCAACUAACAAUUGCUAAAGUACUAAAUGUCAGAAUUUAGCGACUAAAAACCACUUAACUAUAUGACCAGAGCAUAUUUGGACUUUUUUUUUUUCUUCCAAUUUUGCAGUUCCGUUUUUGAUUCACUAAAAUUAGGUAUGUAACAGACUUGGUCAAAAAUUGUUAUGCAUUAUUUUUCUGAAUUAAAUUCCUGUUAACCAAUACAGAACAAAUAAUUUCUAAAUCUUGGAACUGAGCUACAUGUACAGAUUAAGCCACGGGUAAAACAACUCGGAAUUGAUUCAUUCAACAGUUACCAGGAAUUUUAUUUGGAUGAACCGGCUUAAACUAUUUUGCACAAUUCUAGUAUUUAGUAAAUGUUUCCUCUGAUUUCCCCAGCAUUAAUACAUCUUGAGUCAUUCUUCACUCCUGGACUCGUAUAACGUCUGGGGCUUGGAGAAGAAAAAUGACUUGAUCUGCAGUGCAAAAUGCUGCAGGCCAGCUACUGAGCAGAUGUGCUUUGGUUAAAUGAUGCUCAUCACUUGUGUUCUGCACUAAUUGCCAGUAAUCUGCCAUAUGCUUUACUGCCACUAGAUGGCGCCCUGAUAUAACAUUCAACAUGCGGCAACACUAUUUGAUUAACUAUUCUGUUUAUUUAUAAUGAUUUAGAAUACCACAUAUCUAAAACGUACAAUUAAAAACUGCUAGAAGGUUCAGAUGUUAAGUAGUAAAAUAGUUUGUUCUGAGGUUCUUGGUUUCAAUAAUAAAAUGGCAAUAAUGGCCUUCUGUGCUGUUACAAAAUAUUCCCUAGUUUAAACCUUGUCUUUAGCAACAUUCUCCUAAUUUUCAGUGGCUAUUCAUUUCUCCCAUGAAUAUCUUCUGAUUGUCUUACAAUUCCAGUGAAUUUCUGCUGAAGUGUGAAUCAAGGUAACAGUGCCAGUUAGAUUUAAAAGAAAAUUAGAGGGGCACUGUGAGGAUCACGACCACUGUUUUAGAAUGAUUUGACACAUGCCAUGGUCCCUGUGUUCCUGAUCCUCUUCACAAAUAUCACUAAAGUGGAGGUUCCCCUUCUGUAUUAGUAAAUGUUGUCCAUAUUUGGGCGAAGUAAGUUUUUAGUAAAGUUUUGUCCACAUCAAGUUAUGUCAGCUGACUGUCCUCAUUUAAUGAAGUUCAAUCCAAAUUGAUUGGCGCUGUAACCACGGGCUGUGAUAGUUAGCGUGCCUUUUUAUUAUUGGAAAUACUAUUGGCUCAUCUAUUUUUAUUAUUAUUAUUAUUAUUAUUCAAACAAGCUCAUUCACUUCAAGACAAAAUUAUUGUGCACUGUUGCCCUUGUUGAUUGAGACAAACCGCUAGAAAUAUUCUAAUCUGUUUUGUGACUUUUUAUAGCUUUGUAAAUUGAAAAAAAGCUAUGAAAAGCUCAAUUUCUGCAACUCAAAGAACCCACGGGAUAAAAAUGCAGAGCCAUGUCCAGGGGCCAAGGCGAGUCAAACUGAGAUCCAGUGGUUAAUGCAGAAGCUUGAGGUAAGAGUGUUGUUAACUUAAUGAGCUGUACAUUCAUGUAUUUUACAUACAGACACACAUACUGACAUACACACAUACAGAUGCAUACAUACACAUGCAGACACAUACUGACAUACAUACAUAUAUACAUACACAUAGACACAGACAGACAGACAUAUACCGACAUACAUACAGAUAGAUACAGACAUACAUACACAUACAUACACACACACACAGACACAUAUUUUUUUUAAUUUUUUUUUCAAAGGGUCCCGGCCGCUGCGCUGACUGGGCCUCUGAAGAUAUAGGGCCCAUCAGGUGGCCCUAAAUGCUUGGGCCACCCGAUGGGCCCUAUCAGCGUGCAGACCCCAGUGUAGGUGUACCGGCGGCAGUUCCGCUGCUACACGUGGGGCCCGGGCAUCCCCCUGACAUCCCCUGAUGGCGGCCCUGCUAGCAGUAACAGGGCAGAGGGAAUAAGGUUCCUUACACGGGUGUAACAGUCCUAUGUUAAUGUUUUAUUGAAGUAAAAUAUUGAAGAAGAAAAAAAUAAAUUUUAUAUAUAUAUAUAUAUAUAUAUAUAUAUAUAUAUAUAUAUAUAUAUAUGACAUCCCUCUGAAUUUCUCUUGUUUGCUACAAACCUGCAGUCACUGUAAGAAUCAGGAAGUAACUGACAUUUGGCAGCCUGGUCUGCGCACUCUCCGUGUUUGGACGUAAUUCAGUAGCCAAGGAAUGUCAUUGGCCGUUUCAACUAAUAAUUUUCUGUCUAUAAAAAACUGAUGUAUUUAAUGCGCAUAGUGAAUUUCAGCUUUAGUGAAAUCUGUUAGGUGGGUCAGCAAGACUCGAAUAAGUGGCAAACUAUUCUAAAACAGCUUGACUUUUAACAGUGGGCCAGAGCCAGAAUACUCCCAGCACCAUAACCACUACAACAGGCUUUAGUGAUUUUUCUGCUUAGUGUGUCGUGUACAAACAUUGGCUUACUACACUGAACAAAAUUAUAAACGCAACACUUUUGUUUUUGCCCUCAUUUUUCAUGAGCUGAACUAAGACUUUUUCUAUGUACACAAAAGGCCUAUUUCUCUCAAAUAUUGUUCACAAAUCUGUGUUAGUCAGCACUUCUACUUUGCCGAGAUAAUCCAUCCACCUCACAGGUGUGGCAUUUCAAAAUGCUGAUUAGACAGCAUGAUUAUUGCAAAGGUGUGCCUUAGGCUGGCCACAAUAAAAGGUCUCUUUUGUUCAGUGUAUAUGAACCAGUAUUGCCUUUCACGCAUAGCUUGCUUCAAGAUGUUGCUAUAAUUGUUAUCAUAAUAAAACUAAAGCAUUUUCCCCCGGAGAUAAUGAAACGUUUUAUGUUUCAAUUUAACCACAGAAAUGGGCCUUCUCCCAACUGUAACAAGUCAGGUAAAAAGCAUUGUAAGUAUACACUGACCUGGGAGCUCUCACAACUAUUAAUGUGCAAAUGUCAGCCGUUCAGUCUGUGGAAGCCUGGGGUUCAUAUACACAGGGAUUCAUUCCCGUCAGGCCACAGAGAGCACAAAAAUUCACGUACUUAAAGCAAAGACAUUGUAUGUUCUUAUUAAGAAUUCUGUGUUUAUUUCUGCUGAUAAGUGGCCUCUGAGAUUUAAGACCUGUUGUGUCUACAGUUUUAUUGAAUAGAUUUAGUGAUGGCAAUUUUACCCCAUUAUACUUUCAGAUUGCAAUCACUUCAUCAAAUCAUAAGGAUUUUUAAUGGUGACUGAAAGAGGCCCUGGAAUAGCUGGGUUUCUCAAAAGGUGUGGGAGCGGGGGAGUGAAAAAAUGGCAAUUCUAAAUAAAUAAAUGUUAGCAGUUGUAUAGAUAAAGUUAUUUCAAAUAGGAUAGAUGUAUCUGUGCAAAUAGCUUUACGGCCUCCUACUGACACAGAGGUAUCCUCUAUGUGUAGGAAUUACAGAAUGCCUUCAACGUCAAUGGGUAUGAAUGCACGAGCAACCUCACCAUUCAUUACAGGAAGCCACUUUGAGUAUACACAUUGAUAUUAAGUCACAUAUAACAUCCAUGUUCUGGAAUGGCCGCACACUCUGGUCUAAUCUCCACGCACACGCCAUAAAUGAAAGUUUCAUUUAAAAUGUUAAAGUAGAUUUUUAGUCACUCCCUGAUCCCUGAUAAUCUCUUGUAAAAUGUGUUAAAUAAGUACAUUCAGAGUAGAGUAUUUUAUUUAUUUAUUCAUUCAUGCUGCUGUUUUAUAUAUUCAUUAGACAAAAAAAGUGUUUCUGGUAGUCUGGAGAUUGUCCAUUGAUGUUUUAUGGGUUGAGCAAAUGUUAAGCGAACUGUGAAAAGAUUGUUAUCCAUGAAUAGAAGUCACAUCACUUAUAGUAAUUUUAUGUGUAGAGUGAUGUUUAAAUAUGCUUUAAGGUUGAUUAUAUGUUGAUCUUAACAUGUAUAGCUUGGAGGAAAGACGAGACAGGGGGUACAUGAUAGAAACAUUUAAAUACAUAAAGGGAAUCAACACAGUAAAAGAGGAGACUAUAUUUAAAAGAAGAAAAACUACCAAAACAAGAGGACACAGUCUUAAAUUAGAGGGACAAAGGUUUAAAAAUAAAAUCAGGAAGUAUUACUUUACUGAGAGGGUAGUGGAUGCAUGGAAUAGCCUUCCAGCUGAAGUGAUAGAGGUUAACACAGUGAGGUAGUUUAAAGGGACACUAUAGUCACCAAAACAACUUUAGCUUAAUAGAGCACUUUUGGUGUAUAGAUCAUGCCCUUGAAGUUUCAGUGCUCAAUUCAUUAUCAUUUAGGAGUUAAAUCACUUUUAUUUCUGUCUAUGCAGCCCUAGCCACACCUCCCCUGGCUGUGACACACAACCUGCAUGAAAAAAAUGGUUUUACUUUCAGUUCAGAUGUAACUUACUUUAAAAGUUUGUAUCUCCUGCUCUCUAAAUUGAACUUUAAUCACAUACAGGAGGCUCUGACAGGGUCUAGCAAGCUAUUAACAUUGCAGGUGAUAAGACAUUUUAAAGUAAACACAAUUUGCAAUAAAGGAAGUAUGAACAUUAGAUGCCUCUUAACAGGAAGUGUUUAGGGAGGCUGUGUAAGUCAAAUGCAGGGAGGUGUGACUCGGGUGCAUAAACAAAGUGUUUUAGUUCCUAAAUAACAGAGAAUUGAGCAGUGAGAUGGAAGGGACAUGAUCUAUACACCAAAACAGCUUCAUUAAGCUAAAGUUAUUUUUGUGACUAUAGUGUCCCUAUAAGCAUGUGUGGGAUAGGCAUAAGGCUAUCCUAGCUAAAAGAUAAGGCCAGGGACUAAUGAAAGUAUUUAGAAAAUUUGGCAGACUAGAUGUGCCGAAUGGUUCUUAUCUGCCGUCACAUUCUAUGUUUCUAUAUUUGUUUGUUUUUUUAAUUGUAAAAAGUAAAUUAUUGUAAUUAGUCCUAAUUCCUGAGGUAUUUAUUGUCUAGAACACGGUAUCUCCAUUUUGUGUUCAAACUGUGACAUACACGCUGUGGCGGGCCGCCUGGCACCCCGACUUGGUGCCUCCACCAAUCACUGCUUCCUAGUAACUCCGAGUACUUCCAAGCACUCCAGCCGACACCAUAAUCACUGCAGUUCCCUUGGCCAGUAUUACAGCUUGGCUGGGGUCACCACACAUGUUUUAAUCACACGAUUUAGUAUAGCCGGAAUGUGGAACUGCACUAAGUCCCAUUUGAAAUGUAUCCGGGAGCACCAGACCAGUCCCAGUACCAGGAACCAAAUACUUGAUGAGGGAAAAUAGAAGAGAAGUCCAGGCACUCUCAGGAUACAAAAAGGCAAUUUUAUUGAACCCACUGCCACAAAGACCGCGUAGGUCGAAACGUUGUGAGUAGCAAUAGAUUCAAUAAAAUUGCCUUUUUGUAUCCUGAGAGUGCAUGGACUUCUGUUCUAUUUUUCCUUAACCCCUUAAGGACACAUGGCAUGUGUGACAUGUCAUGAUUCCCUUUUAUUCCAGAAGUUUGGUCCUUAAGGGGUUAAUCACACGAUUUAUGAUUUUUACAAAUAUAUUUCUGUGCUGUUUGUCUCCUCGAUGUUUCUGUGUAAAUGUUUUACCUGUUAGUCGUGAUAUAGAAUAUUUGUUCCUAAUUGUCGUGUUUCCACAAUAUCGAAAUAUCGUUUGCUGUGUUUUUCAUUUCACAGGAAUUUAAAGUCAGAUCAAAAGAGUGGGAAAACCAGAGAGUGUUAUAUCAGAACCAUUUGAAGUCUUUGAGCGAACAGAGGAAAACUCUGACAGAAAAAUGUGAACUCUAUCAGGUAAGCUUUAACUUCCUUUUUGUUGCUCUGUUGAACCUACAUAAGUGCAUUGCAUAUUGCCAGCUCUUGUUAAAGUGGUUCUACCAUCAGAAAUUAAUAUUUUUUAUUAUCAUAUAGUAUCAGAAAAGCCUGCCUAGAUCUUGUGCAGGCGUUUAGUUUUUGCAAUCUGUAAAAACAGAUUUUUAUUCUGGUGGUAUAAGUGUUAUUUAGCUAUAAUUUAACUUAUUUAUGAAUUCAAGUGGCACUCACAUCAUCAGACAGGUCAAAGAGCCAUUUCCUCUUCCCUGCGUAUUGGCAGAUAAAGGAACACAAAUGUCCAAAAUGUUUACCUUAUUAAUGCAUUAUUGAACUAGCUCAUUAAAAAAAGCUAAUGUUUUUCUUAUAUUUUUAAUGUUUCUAAGACUGUUACAUGAAAUGCAGGCUCAUCCUUUCUGAUCAGGAAAUGGCUCCAGCAAUCAGACGCAUCUGAUUCACUGUGUGAAAUAGUUUUAUUCCCCAGCCACAGUUCCAAUUAUCAGGUAGUGGAACUGCUCAUAAUGCUAACAUUAGCAGCAAUAGUGUGGCUUUUCAUAUAUACACAGCCCAGUUCACAGUUUUAUGAGCCAGGUUUGCCAGAACUAUUGAUGAAGCUCUAUCAUAACAGAUCAGAUAUAUUGUCUAGGGAAAUAUGGCUAAAUCUGAUAAAUGAGCUAUAGACAUUUCAUAAAUUCUUUGAUUUCACUGAUUAAUAUUGAGUCUUUAAACAAACAAUCCUACUAAUAUAUAAUUAUGUUACAUAGGGAAUAUUAUGGCCUUGAUUUAAUAUUUUUGUGUUAAAAAUACCAUAAAAUUAUCAUUUAAAAUACAUGAAAAUGACAAGAAAAAUAAAUAAAUCAAGGCCACCGUUUAGGUGGAGAAAGCAAACAUAACAUUAAGUAUGCAAUAACAAGGAAAGCAACGCUGUCCUUAUCGUAAUCUAGCUGUGUGUCAGCUCCCAUAGGAUUUGGGGCCAUAGGGUCCAAGUUGAUUCACUAUAUACCGUAUACCAGGAAUAUAUACCAGACACUGGGUGUUGAUUUCUCCGUGUGGGGAGUAGUGCCGUUGGCCAUCUUGUAUUUUGCAGGUCGGUCGCUUGGCAUGCUAACAUCACAUUAUAUGAUUCUUGCAACUAGCCAGUAUUAUGAAUGGCAGCCAGGUGGACCUGACUAGACAGGUUUCAUACAUCUUACCAUAUAUAGAGUGCAACAAAGCAAUGUUUAUAUCUUGUUUUUAUAAGUGAUAUGUAUACCUCACCUAACAUGUAGCAGCUGAACCCCACACCUGAUUCGCCUGGUCUGAGAUACUUAGGCUAACACAUUCUUAAAUGUUGCGAUAUACCCCUGUCCAUAGCUAUGUUAAGCAUGUACAAGACUCUAAUAUGGUAACAGACAAGUACUAGCGAGUUUCACACUACUUAUAAUAGGCUAUGAUAGACCAUGUUUAAACAACUCUUACAAACAAAUUCUUGAUUGACUCAACUCUACCUAAGUUCACGCAAAAGUUCACCUUUGGGGUACCUCAGGCUUGUGUGUAACUAUCCUAUGCACUGCAAAAAAAAGAAUUAAAAAAAAAAUAAAUAAAAGACAUGCUUCAGACUUGAGAAAGGGAGGUUCUCCAGAAAGCUUGUCAUUUAAAAAAUUAUGUUAGUCCAAUAAAAAAGGUAUUACAAGAUACAAAUUGUAUCUGUUUUUUACAUCUACAUCACUGGAUUAAUACAGCUACAAUCUCUCCUUGAACACUAUAUAUAUAUAUAUAUAUAUAUCUUUAUAUUUGUUUUGUGUAACUGUAUUACAAAAAAUAUAUAUGGCUAUGCGGUGUUCGCGUUAUCCUUUACAUUAUAUAAGUUUUUUAUAAAUUUGUGCACAAGUAUUGGCCAUAUUUUGAAGGUCAUAUACCUGCCUUCUAUUCUCAUCUAUCUGGUAUGUGAUAAUUUGAUUAGCUAGCUUUUUCCAUAAUUUAUUUGCCAAUAAUCUACUGGCUUUGCUCCACUCUGUGUAAUAUAAGACAAUAUGUGUGUCCCAGCAUGUAUUCCAUUUUAGCCAGUUGAAUAGUCUCAAUCUUUGCCUUUAUGUCAGUUAAACUUUUGUGUGGAUUUCCAACGUGGAAUUCCAUUUAUAUUGUACUGCCAGUCUGAUAGUCGGAAUUGUAGUGAUCGUAGUUUGUGUGUUUUGAAUUUGUUGCAUUUAAUAUUAAAUGCCCCCACAGGGCUGUUUCGUGAGCUUGCCAUAGAAUGGACAUUUCCACUAGAACUACCGGACCAAAGUCCUAGUAGGUUGACUGCCUUCUGGUGCAGCUAUGUAAUAUUUUAGAACCCAGAGAUGGGAAGAAACCUUGAUAACUAAGAGAUCGUGGCAUCCUGUCAUACUCCGAUGCUCUCAGCCUUUAUUAAUGAUGAAAAAGGAAGGGUGCUUCUUAGAAUAGCGUUUGAACCCAGGAGUUGCGAAACUCUCCAUGUUUUGCACUUAAAUGUGGUCGGAUUUGGUCACAUUGCUCGGCUUUCAGAACAUGUGAUGAUUGGCCUUUAUAAACCUCUAGUCUGGGAAUGAUAAACAAUUGUCAGUCAGUUGAUUUUUUUUCUAUCAGCCCAAUAGUAAUUUAUUGGCCUCUCUAAAGGCAAUCAGCCAAACUGUCAGAAUUAGACAAUUAAAGAGAAGAUAAAGUUUUCAUGAGUUGAUAGAAAUAAAAAAAAAAAAGUGAAUAAAAGCUGAAUAAUGCUGCUGACUUUCUCAAACUACAAAUCAGCAGUCACGUUACACAUGCUUUCAAACAUAAUCUGCCCAUCUGCUAAGGAGAGCAAUGUUUUUGGGCCUGUAAAGCCGUAAUGGUUAUAUCUCCAUAUGGCCCAAUAGUAUUCCUUUCUGUUAUGGCUGUUUGAUUGGAAUUACAGAUCCAGGCAGCAGAUUGUCUAUGAAUUCUGUCCCUCUCGCCUUACUGACGUGUCAGGAAAGGCGUUAUCAGUCUCUCUGGGUCUAAGUUCAAAUGCCCAAACAUGCCUUUGCACAUGUAGCGUUUUGUAUAUUUGAAUCCCUGUUGGAAUUCCAACGGUUAAAGCAUUUAUCAAAGGUUUUCAGAAUCAUUUCAUUUAUUGAAAGUUUACAGCCACGACAUUGAAUUAACAGCUUCAUCAAUGUGGUGAGUCCAAUUCCUGGCAUGGGAUGUAACAUGCUCUUAGCUUUACCUGCAUAUUGUUUGAAUAGAUUGCUGACAAUGCAAACAAGACGUGUUUUCUUUUAUUCUUAUAUCUUAAUGGUAAUUAUCGUAACCUUGACAAAGUUAACUGUAAAUCAAUUUUGUUUCAUUUUUGUAGGAACCAGAUCGCUCUCCAACACUAUAGUUGGAGUUUACCAUGAUCCUUACCCAGAUAGGCUGUGAUUUAUGGGAGUUUGUUCAGCAAGGUGGCCAGCUACUUACAUCAAAUUGCACCUCUGAUGAAAUAAUAUAUGGGAGUGCUUUAAACAAUAAAAUCCAAUAGUUUUUUUUUUUUUUAUAGUUUCCAAAAUUAAAAUUUAGAUUUCAUUCACAAUAUGGCGUUGGCACACACGCCAAACACUACAUGGACAUGUCAUUUUACAGACACUCCUAUUUAUUGGUGGCUUCCAUAGUCAUAGAUUUGGUAUCACUUGUUGAACUCGGCCAUCAGUAGGAACACACUUGGAGUGCUUUGUCACUUGCGCUUGCUGACCGUGAUCUGCUUCACUGUGUCAGAUUAAUAUACAAAAUAUACAUGAAUGUACAUGUGAUUGAGUUUGUCUAAACAUUCAUAACGCACUUUGUGCUUACAAAUCCACAUCCAUUGACUAGCGGUUUUGUCUUUUGUAUUACGGAUGUAGCACCAUUGCUUGCCAAAAAUAGAUCUAGCUAAUUGUGGACUUGUGAAUGACUAUCUAUUGAUCCAUCUAUCUAUCUAAUUUUAAGUUAGUGACUAUGGUAUCUGUUCUUUUUGAAAUAGAAAUAUCUUCUUAUCUCUAUGUGAAAUGUAUGUCCCUGCAAACACUAUAUUAUACAACAAAGUUCUAUUUUUACCAUUGUUUCCUUGUUGAAGAUGAUUAUUAUUUUUAUUUUCUUAAUUUAAAAAAAAAAAAUACAAAAAUUAAGAGAGAAGAACCGAUGAAAUGUACUCUUAACCAAUUACAUUUAAAAACCGUUUAGCCAGACACUGUAGACUUUGGUAACGCUCUUGACUUAAUUCUGUUUUUGCUGCUACAGAGAUAUGAAAAUUGGAUUCCUUUUAUACUUCAUUUAAUUUAGGUUUUUGUUGGAUGAUCUCCAAUUUAAAAUGAGAUUUCAGAACACAGAAAUACAAGAGAGCAUUUCCAUUAAAGAAUUUGUUCGAUGACUUAAUGGAGACCUCUCCCCUUGGCUUUCAUCUCUCCAUAUUUACUCUCCAACGUACCGUGGUACCCAAUAAUUAUUCCAGCCUAGUGAGCAGAAACAGUUUGGCGGCUUCAUUUCUCUAAUUGGUUCUCAGGAUCUCAUUACUUUCCCCACUAUAAAUAACACAAUGUAUAAUUGCGAUUUUAUGUGUUUUUGUGUUCUGUAGAAGCAGUCGCAAAGCUAUCAGGAACAGCUUUCGAGUAGGACACAGCUGCAAGACGAGGCAAUUACCAAUAACCAGGCUGAAAUCAGAAGAUUGAGGUGCCAGCUUGAUGUUUCUCAGGAGACAAUAAGAAGUGACAGGGUCAUCAUUGAAAAUCUCAAGUCUACUGUAAAGGAAAUCACAUUAGGUAGAAACUCGCUGAAAGAUGAAAAUCAAAAGCUCUUUCAGGAACUAAAGCACUGUCAGAAGCGAUGCCAGGUACAGAAAUGAUAGAUCACAUCACAACAACCAUUGCCUGUAGAUCUCCCAAGUCAAAUAACAAUUUAUCAUAUAUAUGGUUAUGGCAUUAUCUGGAACUGUGCCUUAAUACAAAACAAAUACUACAUUACAGCAGUUAACACAUUCUCUGCUCUGUCUUUAAACCACAUCAUCUUGUCUGAAAACUGAUGGGCACAAACUGGGAUAAAGUCAUACAGGCUAUUUCAUUUUUUUUUUUUAUAACUAAGAACGUAUAUCUUGAUAUGAAAGUAUGUGUGGAGCUUCUCUGUGAUAUAAUUUUACAACAAUUGGAUAAAACCUGUUUCUCUUAUUGGAGGUAGCUCCAAUAGCAUCCAAUAUAUCAAAUAAGUGAUUUAUCACCUCCAAGACUGACAGAUUGCUAGCAGUUGCAAUCUACGUCACAUUCUCUCAAUUCACAAGUUCCAAAAAAAGUUCAAUAAUUGUAUGUUUCCCAGUUUGUUUUCAAUUGUGCUUCUUCCAGCUUCCAAUGGUGGGAGGAGGGAUUGGUAACCCCUUGUUGGUGCAUCUUGCCCUAGUUAAGUUGUGUUUUCCUGUUUACCUUUCAUAAUUGUACUCUGUAACAGCUAUGGGUAACGUAGAAGGAUUUGCGAUCCAAGAGAUGUCUUUCUUUAUUAUAGCAAUGCUGCAGGUAUGAUAGAUAUAACCUACCUGCUACUGUAGCUAAACCACUAUUUAAUGCUCAUUUGUCAUUUACAGAGAUUCCAGGUUCACUGUUAGGCUCCUUAAAACAUCCAUUGUUAUAUCCAUGGAAUAUUCGAUACCGAUCUGUAAAACCUAAACCUGUAUUUUAUGUCCUGCUGGAAAAAUUAUUGGCAAAUUAGAAGGUCCACUUUUUGACUUAACUGUCAGAAAAAUAUUAGCUUUUUAAAAAAUUGUUUUACUAUAUUAUAUAGUUCUUUUGAAGGGUUGAGACAAACCCAUUUGGACAAAAAUCUCCCUUGCUCCCGAAUCUACAUAUCCUAAAGAUCUUGUUUUUUUUUAAUGUAUUUAUUUAUUUUUAUAAAUCAGCUGGUUUUGUGAGCUACAUUUCUAACUUUUUUCAAACCGCCAGAUUAUCUUAUUGCGAUGGUGUAAAAUAAUAAGGAAAAUUCAAUAGCCCGUAUUAAAUGAGCAGAUUGAACAUUUCCGCAUUGUCUUCAUUUAGCAAACCACGAAUAUGAUGGGAUUUGAUGACUACUGAAGUGAAGCACUUCUCUUUUUUCCCGUUCUGCUGUCAUUAUUUAAUUGGGUUUAAGAGAAUGGUUUAUCACGCUAUCGAAGUAGCUGUAGAAUCAAUGUUUUCUGUUUCAUUAUCUCUGCAGAGUGUGGAGAUUGAACUUUCAGAGGUUAAAAUCGAACUCCAGGCACGUGAUGACCUCUUGAGAGCUGUUGAACUGGAUCAAAAGCAGAUGUUGAAAGCUAUUCCAGAUGCCAAACUGUAUACGAACCCACAAGGAAAAGAGUUAAGGUACUUACUGGAGUCUUCAAUCCAAUAAUUAUGUAUUGCUUUUUUAAAAAAAAAUAGUGUAGAAGUGCAAACACCAUAUGCUUGUGAAAAUGCAAAUACAUCAUGCGUGUGAUGCAAAAAAAGAAAGGAUAUCAUCUGUAAGAUCUUUCAGGCCUACCAUUUAACAGCGUGUGAUAAAUGUAAUGCAUUUUUUUAAAUAAAAUAAUGCAUUUCUUUCAUUUAAUGCUAUUGUUUUAUGCUUAAAUCAAAACAAAGACUAUCAUCUGGGAUUUUCAUGAGCUAGUGCAUUGUGUAAGCUGAUUUCAUUUCGGGCAGCCCUCCAAUAGUAAUAGUGCCAGUUUCUAGGUGUUAGUGUUCCGUUGGCAAUAGUAUUUUCGAAGCAAGAAUUCUCUCCAAUGGAAGACCUUUCAGAAUGUCAUUAGGAGAUGUGAUACUAUUUGCUUUUAUCUUUAUUCUCUGCUUGAAUUAAAUAGGUCUUAAUUGUUCCUAUAAAGGCAAACCAAUGCAUUAGCAAUUCUUUGUUCCUGAUAUUUUAAUUCCAGCCGAUAAGGUUUUUACAGUUGGUCAGUGAUUCUAUUGUCCUUGCUCCAUUGUCAUUGAGUACAAUGAGUACAUACAUUUUUCUGUGUAAUCCGUCAGUGCCAUCAUUAUACCUUUUUUUUUAAUUUAUUUUUUAUAAUCCAUCAAAGGCUCCAUUGACUCCAUUCUUCCCGCUCCCUAGUAUUCCGGUGUUUCCGUUAUCAUCGUUCCUUAAUCUUCCAAUUAUUCUGUUAUUCUCUCUCCAUAAUCUAUUAGCGACUACACCAUUCCCUUUCCAUAAUCUGUUAAUGACUCCUUUUUCCCUGCUCCAUAAUCUGGUAAAAACUCAAUUACUCCAGUUACAUAAUCUACCACUUUCUUAUCUAUGAUCAAUAAUCUGUCCGUGACUACAUUAUCCCACACCAUAAUCUGACAGUCACUACAUUACCUCCAUGUUUUUAGUGGCUUCCUUAUCUCCACUCUAUAAUCUACCAGUGACUCCAUAAUCCCCUCUCUAUAAUAUGCCAGUGACUCCAUUAUCUCCUCUCUAUAAUCUACCAGUGACUUCAUUAUCCCUUCUCUAAAUUCUACCAGUGACUCCAUAAUCCCCUCUCUAUAAUAUGCCAGUGACUCCAUUAUCGCCUCUCUAUAAUCUACCAGUGACUUCAUUAUCCCUUCUCUAAAUUCUACCAGUGACUCCAUAAUCCCCUCUCUAAAUUCUCCCAGUGACUCCAUAAUCCCUUCUAUAUAAUCUGCCAGUGACUCAUAUAAUCCCCUUUCAUCUGCCAGUGACACCAUUAUCCCCUCUCAUCUGCCAGUGACCCCAUUAUCCCCUCUCAUCUGCCAGUGACUCCAAUAUCUCCUCUCUAUAAUCUACCAGUGACUUCAUUAUCCCCUCUCUAAUUUCUACCAGUGACUCCAUAAUCCCCUCUCUAAAUUCUCCCAGUGACUCCAUAAUGCCUUCUAUAUAAUCUGCCAGUGACCCCAUUAUCCCCUCUCAUCUGCCAGUGACCCCAUUAUCCCCUCUCAUCUGCCAGUGACCCCAAUAUUCCCUCUCAUCUGCCAGUGACCCCAUUAUCCCCUCUCAUCUGCCAGUGACAAUAUUAUCUCCUCUCUAUAAUCUACCAGUGACUUCAUUAUCCCCUCUCUAAAUUCUACCAGUGACUCCAUAAUCCCUUCUGUAUAAUCUGCCAGUGUCCCCAUUAUCCCCUCUCAUCUGCCAGUGACUCCGUUACCACCUCUCUAUAAUCUACCAGUAACUCCAUAACCCCCUCUCAUCUGCCAGUAACUCCAUAAUCCUCUCUCUAUAAUCUACCAGUAACUCCAUAACCCCCUCUCAUCUGCCAGUAACACCAUAAUCCCCUCUCUAUAAUCUGCUAGUAACUCCAUAAUCCUCUCUCUAUAAUCUGCCGGUAACUCCAUAAUCCUCUCUCUAUAAUCUGCCAGUGACUCCAUUAUCUCCUCUCUAUACUCUACCAGUAACUCCAUAACCUCCUCUCAUCUGCCAGUAAUGCCAUAAUCCCCUCUCUAUAAUCUGCCAGUAACUCCAUUAUCCUCUCUCUACAACCUGCCAGUAACUCCAUAAUCCCAGUGACUCCAUAUUCCCCUCUAUAUAAUUCGAGCCAAUUUUCAUUCUAGAACAAGGGUAGCAAUAGGCAGAACGUCCAAUGAUCGAGUUCUAAAACGCUCAGCAAAACCUGUUUUAAAGAAGUUUGAGAGCUUUCUCUCCUGAAAUGGAUGUAAAGGUAUUUUUUAUGCUCAAUUCACCACUGAGGGUCAUAUUGUAUAUCUGUUAAUACUCUAAGACAGGGGUAGGCAACCUAUUAGCAGCACUGUGCCGAUAUAGCAUUGUGAUGUCCCGUAGCCUGCCGAUCCUAUUUUUUUAAAUUGAGGUGUGUAUGCUGCCGUAUUCUGCUUGUGUUAUUUUUUACUGUAAUUGCUUUGUAUCGUUGUAUUUGUGCGUAUAUGAGUGUGGCGAAACCGACCUCGCCACUGGGCAUUGGAGAAGACUGAUUGCCAGCCUCCUGCCAUGUGACCAUGGCCCCUGGGAUGUAUUGCCCUUUAAAGACAUGAUUUGGGCAUAAUGGAUUUUUGUUGUGCUGCUGCUGGCCCUUAAAGAACCAUCUGGGGACAUAAUGUGGAGUUACUGGGUGGCCACCAUUUAUCAGAGGCACAUGGUGAGAACAAUGGAUGAAGCACAUGGUGAGAACAAUGGAUGGCGGCCAUUUUAACUCACAGACACUGUUUGGACUUUUCAACACUGUGCCAUCUCGCCGGUAUUUGGUGAACAGAGACAUUGUGCAGUGGUUUUGGACUGUACAACAGGGGACACAUUAUACAGUAAUUGUUUUUCAUUUAGCCUGCAUAUGUUCUGUGGAAUCUGCAUUAAACUGUAUCUUCCAAAGUACUGAACGGAUCUGGGUGAAUUUUGGAUAUGUGGUUCACCCAGAUCCCCCGGUUCCGUGAUAUACUUUUUAUAUUUUAUGGGGUUAUUGCAUGUUUUGGGGUCCCUGUGAUGUGUUUUAUAAUACUGUAUUUCUCUGCCUGUGAUAAUUAGAUUAACCAUUGUGUUCAGUAAUCCUAUCACAGGCAGAGAGGAGGAUUUUGUGUGGGAAUGUCUGUGUGUAUUGUACGGAUUGAUUGGCUGUGUUUCAAAACCCUGUGGGCAGUACUAUAUUUGUGGAUUGUGAGUAAAAGAGGCUGUAUGUGCCAGUACAGGCAGUUCUGCUUGACCUCAAAACGAAGUGUCGUCUCGUUAUUGGGGGAAUUGGAUUGUAUGCUGAUUGCCAGGAUUGUAAGCUGAUUGUAUGCUUUUCCUGUUCAGCUGCUUACAGCGUUCAUAUGCUUGAGAGCAUUCGUAUGCUUCUCCGAUUUGGUGGUUGUGGUGUCUGCUGCAGUGCGUGGAGUCCUCAGGAAGCACUCAUCAACGGAGGUACCCAGUCGGGGUGCCAGGUGAUCCGUUACAAUGAGCUAUUAUAUUGUAUAUGUUCAUUAGUAGUUUAUGGUAUUGUGUAUGAUACACAUGAAUGUGGGCUGUGUAUGAGGGCUGUUUGUGGAAUUGUGUGUGUGUGUGUGGAUAUGUCACAUUGUGUGUUUGGUAGUGUGUGGGGGUUGUUUGGGGUUUUGCAUGUGAGAGGCUGCAUGUGGGAUUGUGUGCAUGUAUGUAGAUUGUUAGUGGUGUUGCAUUUGUGGGGAUUGUGUGUAUGUUUGUGUGUGGGCUGUUCAUAUUAUUUGUAUGAGGGGAGGGUUAUUCUGCAGCUCUGUGUAUAUCUAGCAGUGUUGGUGGCUUCCCUGGGUUCCAGUGGGGACCAGGCUGGCCAGGUACAGGUCAAGGACAGGAGCUGCAACAGCAGCUGUGGGCUGCUCUACUACAGUGUGGAUUCCCAUUCACAAGUGCUGGGAGGAAGUGAUUUGAGAUCACUUACUCUACAUUCUGCAAUGCAUAAAUUGAGGAUUGUCCUUCACCACCUUUUCAUAUUAGCAGAUAUCUGAAGUUUCACUGAGACUCCUGAUAGGCCUGCAUGGCACUAGUGCCGUAGGUUGUCUACCCCUGCUCUAAGCUGUAAAAUCAGCAACUCUUAUCUACAGUACCAUAAGCAGUAAUCAUGCCUGGCUAGUACGAUGGCAUUAUUUCAAAUUAUAGGGUCAGAUUCAAUGCAGUUAUUUCCAUAUUGCAGCACCCAGGAGCAGAGUGAGCCGAGGAUGUACCAGACGCAGAAUGAGGAGCUGGCAUGGAAAAUGUUCAAUCUAAGCACAUCUAAGCAAGACCAGGUAACACACACUGCAUUGUGGGAAACCGUUACCAGAUACUGUCCAGAGUUAUGGGAUUGAUGAAGCGUUGAAUAUUUGUUUGAAGAAUAGUAAUAUAUGUUAAUAUCAGCAGGUCGUUUGCUUUGAAUAUGGAGAUCAGAGAUUCAUUUUUCCAGGAUCCAAACGUUUUACAGAAAUAAUGAAAUAUGCAACAGGGCCUUGUUACAUGUGAUAUUUCAACUGUAGUCCAUAGACAAAAUCUUCAGCUUUUCUAGAACCACAAUUACCACUUUGCUUUAUCAGCAUUAAGGCUUUCCCUGUGCAGAAAAUAUACAGAUUAUUUAAUCUGCGUAUUCAGUGAGAUAUGUGCACAUAUUGUCUACAUGCACUUAUUCCACAGCGUUACUGACUCCGUUAUGGUUUACGAAUGGCAUUCUGGGAUGGACAAGCAGGCACUGUGGGAUAUAUACAAAAAAACUUGUCAAUAUUUCUGUUGCUAAAAGUACUUAACUAAUAAAACUUUGAACUCCGUGGCAGCUACCCCUUGGGCUUCUCCUUCUACAUUGUAAGCCCGUUUGAGCCGGAUCCCCAUCAACCUAUUUUCCCUGUAACAUUUUGUAAUUGUCUACUUUAUUACGUUUCAACCUUUAUAAUAUUUUAAAGCUCUGUGGAAUACGUUGGCACUAUAUAAAUACCAACAAUAAGCCUCCUUAUUAAAACUGGUACGUUUAUUUGAAGAUUCGUCCAUGGACUUUCUCAAGAGCUGUAUCCUCUCUUGAGAAAGUCCACGGACGAAACGCGUCGAGCCAAUACAAGUGCCCACAGGAGAUAAUUAAGAUUCAAGCAAAGACCUGCAGGACCACGGAGAUUGCCUCCAUCUUAUCUCCAAACAUUCUCUUUGAUUGGAAUACACUGACUAACUUGUGUCUUGAGGUAUAAUUGGCAGCCUCUCUCUAAGGGGACCUAGCACAUUGGUGGCUGAAACGCUCUUUUGCACAUUAAGUUAUACUUCUUUCUGUGCCAUUUCUCUUGUGAGUGUGUUUUUUACUGUUUGGAUUUUAAUAUUUGUUAUCACUAAAUACUUCACCAUAUGUCCUCGCUUAUGAUCUUUUACAUGUUAUCAUCUGAAUCUUGAGUGGUAACUAUAUUUCACACAUUUGUGAUAGCAGCGCCCUAUUUUGUAUAUAUCUUCAUCUAUACUAUACCUGUUCUUUGUAUUAUUGGGAUUUGGGAGUGAUACCUUAUUGUGGCUGCCUGCACUCAGUUUUGCACCUUUUCCUAUCUACCAGUUUUUUACUCCACUCUCUUAAAAGCAUCAAACCGUUAAAGAAGCGUGCAUCCCCCUCCUACCCAAUGUCUGUUUAAAUAGUCCACUUUUAUUUAAGUUUAGUAUAGUUGAUCCUUCUAUGCACUUUUUUUUUCAAAUUCUUGUCGGUGCACUUUCCUCCUCCAGCUCAGAAAUUUCUUUUGGUUUGUCCCACAUGGUUCAUUCCACCUUGUGUUCCACUGGUGGUCAGAUUUAGUUUACCUUGGGGGAAGGGGGUGAAGUAAGCAUUACUUAAUGUGCUGCACUUGUGGGAUAUACGUACAACCUUGCAUCUCACAGACCUUCAGAGCUGUAGCAUAUAAUUAUAGCUCCCAAGCAUACAGGUGUAAGCGAAAAUGUACAGAUGAAAUGCUUUUGUCUCUCAAGUGCCACCAUGUAGACAGUAGUUAUAACAUGACGACUGCACUUUAUUGCACUACAGAGUCUAAGGAUUGUAAGUUUUAAAUAGAUACGACCGACAACCAUAGUAUGUAUAUAUUGCGAAGCACAAUUUUGGCCAGAAACUCUGGGAGUAACAUUCAAAGAGCUCCAAGGAGGCCACAGUUGGACAACCUUAAAGUGAACUUGUCAUGACAUAAUUAUAUUAUAAUUAAAUGUUUAACGAGAAUCUUGGCAAUAUUAGGAACAUUGCAAUAUUAUGGGAACAAAGGGUCAGGACCAGAAUGGCAAUGUUACAGCAGAGUAACAGACGCCCAAAUUGUGCUUCGCAAUAUAUACAUACUAUGGUUGUCGUGUCUUUUUAAAACUUGCAAUCCUCAGACUCUGUAGGGAAAUAAAUGUUUAACAUCCCCUAAAGCAACACAUAUAGUUUGCAAUAAGGACAUAUUAUAUAUUGCAUAUCUAAAUUGCUAACUACUUACCUUCUGUCCAGCAUUCCGAUGCCACCAUGCUUGGACGUCUGUUACUCUGCUGUAACAUCAACAUUCUGGUCCAGACCCUCUGUUCCCAUAAUAUUGCAAUGUUCCUAAUAAGACCAACAUUCUCGUAUUACCUCUACCAUCACUCACUCAAUUUAUAUAUUCGCCCAGAAAACAAGAGAAAUGUUUGUGAUGAUUGGUGUGUGACAGAGAGAAGGAGAACCACUUGUAGGAGAUAUUUCCUGCUAUCUCUUGUCAUUCAGACCAUUGGCAUAGACCUCUUUUGCCACCAGGGACCAUAUUCAAAUGGUUACUCCAACCAAAAACCAGUGUUUAUGAUUGGAGUAACCCUUUAAAAGUGGUCAUGGUACUGGGAGUAACCCUUUAAAUAAAAAUGUAUACGUUUGCUAGAACACAAAUUAGGAGGAGUGUUUGCGUUUACUGGUAAGAAAUGCUGACAAAGCGGCCACUGAAAUCGGUGCAAGGGUCCAUUCUUUUUAGAACUUGUACGUUUCAUGCAUAAUGGAAUUGGUUAAUGGGCAAGAAGUACACAUGGUGUCUAUUGUUGAAUAAACUAACCACGUAGUCCUCACUGUGAAGCCACCGUAAACCUACAGAAACAGAUGGCAGCGCAGCUUGUCAGAGACUAUCUUUAACACAGAGGGAAUCUUUGAGUAAAUAGUUACUGAGUUUGGGUUUCGCUGAUCUGUGUUUGCAGAAACACAAAUCCUUUUUGGCAAAAGUAUUUGCAGUAAUUGAAAGAAAAUAACACCUACUUGAAUUUCAAUGCAAUCUGUUAAUCCCUCAGGAAGGUUAUGUUAAUUGAGGGUCUUACUAUUAAAUUUCGUAUGUUUGCCUCUUUUAAUCUGAUGUUUUGAGUCUCAGCGUUUGGUGGCUUCUUGUUUAAAUAAAAUAUUCAAUAAUGCUUCCAUUCGUGUUACAAUUCUAUAAAAGAGAAGAAUUUCAUUUCUUUCUUCUCCUUUUUGUAGAUAGGAUAUUCCAUAGCUACUUAGAAUUGUUAAAGGAUCGCUUCAAGCACAAUCAUGAAGUGGUUAUGGUGCCAAUAGUACCCUGGCACUCUUCCAGUGUAAGUAGUCAAACCAUUUAAAGAACUUACCUAGGGCCAUCCGCAGCAUGCGUUGUAGACGAAAACUCCUGCACUCAGGGUUGUGCUCUCAACAACUGACUCUCUCUUGAAAAAGUGUCCAUGCACGUCAGGGCUUAACUCAUUGCAGCUAGCGGGCGCUCCUUUAAGGAGCAUCUGGCUCUAGGAGAGAUGAAGAUAGGUAAUGGGUGGACUCCAGGUACCAUAAUAAACCAGGUAAACUGUUUAACGACUAAAUCUGUGAGGGUGCUAGCUCGAUGGUUUGAGUGUUUCUUUAAAACCACAUUUUAACUUUGUUGUGCUAGUAGUUUCUAUAAUGCCUUUGAUACAUAUAUUAGAAAAUUGAAGAAUUAGCAAACAGACAAUGCUCUAUUGUUUUCACAUGUCUGUGAAGGUCUGUUUUCCUGCUAUUGUACAGUUCUGUGGUGGAUCGACGUUAGUUUAUCCACAUAAGUGCAUUUUCUGGCUAAUCACAAUUACUAGAAUUUGUGUGUCUAAAAGCAAUAAGCAGCCAGUUAGAAUACAUUUUUAAUUUCAAACAAACAAUAGAAUUCAUAUCCUGCAAUAUGUGUAUGUUUAUUGAAACAUGUCUUAGUGUGCUAUUUUAUUUACAAAUCCAUUAUAUUAUAUUUUCAUAUCCCACCCCAUGUAUGUCUGAGGUGUAGACACUAUGGGCAAGUCUAAAGUUGCUGACAGACCAACUGAUCUCUAAAAAGUUAAAGGGACACUCCACUGCCUAAAUUCAAAAUAAAUAAAAAUCACUAUUUCGUAUAUAUCCCAAGAGAAGGCAUACAUGUAUUUAAUUAUGCAUUUUGUCAUUAAGGGGGUAUAUCUUAAAAACAGAUGCAAAACCUGCAGAUCUCUUGUCUACAGCCUUUACAAGCCCUCCCCUUCUAAUUCCAUCCAGACUUUCUUUGGCUGUCCAAUCACAGACUUUCCAAUGAAGCUCAAUGAGAAGUGUUUGUAAGGCAGGUGCUCUGGGCAAUUGCUGCCUCUUGUGUUUAGCUCCACUGA